CUUCCCUUCGUCAUAAUUCUCAAUUUCCGUCCGUUCCGGCAGAAACCACUACCUUCCAUCGCAACUAUCAGUCGCUCGCUUCUUGCCGAAUCGUCGCUCGUUUCGAUCCAGCACUUGCUUUCUUUCGAUGCAUUCAGUCUGACCUCGCCCGCUACUAAACUAGACCCUUGGACUGAGCACUUCCAUCCGGGGCCGCUCUCCAGAGAUUUUCUCGGGUUCUUCCCUGGGCCCGCGCAGCUCCACAGAAAAAGCCGGGAAGCUGACGACCAUCGCCGUAACGAUUAACGAUAGCAGCCAAACCCGCCGAUGAUACACCGUAGCUGAGCCCCAGUAAUGAACUGAUCGUCCCGCCAAUCCACCGAAGUCGAUGACCGUGACAUCUACACGUACUGCGUAGAGACAUUCAACACAUGCGCUGGCGCAAUCUAAUCACCACCGUUUCCAUAUCCCGACAAGCGACGCCAUGAAUGCCAGGCCCAUUGGAGAAGCACCAUCAUGAGGAGCUUAACCAGGAGCACGGCCGAGGAGGGAGGCGCCAGUGUCGACAGUGCUUCGUUGGAAAAGGGCAUCAACACCUUCAGUAAAGCCGGCAUUCUAGCCCCUUUGCGGAAAACUGGCACCUCGGCAACAACAGUCACCAGGACCAUCAAGGCCUCGACACAACAGCUAUAUCGGAAAUACGUCCUCGAGCUCAUAUUCCAAGAAAAGGAACUGCCACCUUCAAAGGACGGCCGACAUGUCCCAUUACGACCCCAUCAUGACAAACCCCUGAUCGACGAACGGCGAGGGAGCGCAUAUAUACCAAACACGAUUCGGACAUCCCGCUACACCGUUUACGAUUUCCUUCCGAAGCAGCUAUUUUUCCAGUUCUCGCGCCUAGCCAAUUUCUACUUCCUCUGCGUCGGUGUCCCCCAAACCAUCCCAGGCGUCAGUACCACCGGAAACUUCACCACCAUCAUUCCCCUAUUGUUCUUCAUUUUUCUUACCGUCGUCAAGGAGGGAUACGAUGACUGGAAACGCCAUCGACUCGAUAAGGUGGAAAAUGCAAGAAGCGCGACCGUCCUCCGACCAACAGGCCAUGUUGACAGCCGACAGGACUGGCGGACUGGGUUUGGGUUACGAAAAGCAAAAGAGAAGGAUACAUUGGCGGUGGAAGAGGUCAUCCCAGACUCUGAAUAUCAAUGGCACGCCACCCAAUGGAAGGAUUUGAAAGUCGGCGAUGUCAUCAAGCUCUCCCGCGACGAGGAUGUUCCCGCAGAUAUCGUGCUGCUGUACGCCGACGGCGAAAAUGGUAUGGCCUACAUCGAAACAAUGGCCCUAGACGGAGAGACGAAUCUCAAGAACAAGCAAGUGUCCAAGGCUCUGCAGCGUUGCAACACCAUACAAGGCAUUGCCAACUGCCAGGCCGAGUUAGUGGUGGAGGAUCCCAAUCCGGAUCUCUAUCGGUUUGACGGAAGAGUAACCGUCGAUGGCGAAACGUUACCCUUGACAUUGAAUGAAGUGGUGUACAGGGGCUGCACGCUACGCAACACAAGAUGUGCCAUCGGGUUGGUCAUCAACACGGGAGAAGAGUGCAAACUCCGACGAAACGCCAACCGACACCCCAAGGCAAAGAAGCCGGCCAUGGAAAAGAUCUCCAACAAGAUUGUAAUCAGCCUUGUUGUAGUGGUUAUCGCUCUCUCCGUCGGUUGCUCAAUGGGCUAUUUGAUCUGGAGAGAUGCCUAUGAGCACAAAGCAUGGUAUUUGAAGCAUCUGGGAGUGGAGUUCGAGGAUAUCAUUAUUGGCUUUUUUAUUCAGUUUAACAACAUCAUCCCGUUAGCACUAUACGUUAGCUUGGAGAUUGUCAAACUCGGACAGAUGUGGAUGCUCAAUUCCGACCUGGAGAUGUAUGACAAGGUGUCCGAUACGCCGGCCAAGUGCAACACCAACACCAUUCUCGAGAAUCUGGGGCAGAUCGGUUACGUCUUUUCGGAUAAGACUGGGACUUUGACUGAGAAUGUCAUGAAGUUCCGAAAGAUGAGCAUUGCCGGAACGACUUGGUUGCACGAGAUGGACAUUCUGAAGGAGCAGGAAGAACAGGGCCUCACUCAGACGAAAACGAAGGAGAAAGAGACCAAAAUUAUGAUGGAACCGACCCCUGAAUACGACAACGCGUUAACAAAGACAACGACCGUUGUGUCAGUCCGUUCACCGAACCCGCGCCGGUCAUCCUCACAAUGGCGGUCGACUGGUCAACCUGACCAUGUCCAACCAGAGGUCACGACUGAGGACCUACUUGAGUACAUAAGGUUGCGCCCAAAUGCUCCUUUCUCGAGGAGGGCAGUUCAGUACAUUCUUGCUAUCGCCCUUUGCCAUACCUGCUUGCCAGAAAUAAGAGACGGGGAGAUUGAGUUCCAGGCCGCUUCGCCUGAUGAGCUUGCUCUUGUCAAAGCUGCUCAAGAGCUUGGGUUUCUUGUAGUUCAACGGUCGUCCCAGACAGUCACGCUCCGUAUAUCGCGCGGUGACGGCAGAGAGGUGGAGCGCACCUACCAAAUCCUCGAUGUCAUUGAGUUCAGCAGCAAGCGAAAGCGCAUGUCCAUUAUUGUGCGGUGUCCUGAUGAAAGGAUAUGGUUGAUCACCAAAGGCGCCGACUCUGUCAUCCUUCCACGGCUCAGAAUGGCACAGCUGGCAAUUCAAAAGGCCAACGAGGUGCGCAAGAGCUUGGAGGUUGAGCAUGAAAUGCAACGCAGAAGUGAGGCUCGAGAACCACGCAACAGUUUUGGCGGUCGGCCAAGUCUUACAAUCCGCCGCAGCAUCAAUCUCGCAAGACAGAACAGCAUUGCUGGACCUAGCAAGCGGCCGAUCACCAAUCGCAGUAAGUCGUUUGAGGUGGGUAGAAUGUCGUUAUCCGCACCAGAAGAUCGCCUCAGGCCCCAUAUUACUGUCCGCACAGCAUCCCAUGAUGUGCCUUAUGAAGAUGCUGUACUGGCCUCAGUGCCAGACAGGUUCGCAUUCCUUGACGAUCCUUCUGUGUGCGACGAAGGUGCUAUCUUCACUCGGUGCUUCAAACACAUUGAUGAUUUCGCAACCGAGGGACUUCGCACGCUUCUUUUCGCCGGUCGGUUCUUGUCCGAGUCUGAGUACAAGACAUGGAAGAAGCUAUACCAUGAUGCAGAAACGAGUCUAGUGGAUCGUCAAGAACGCAUCGAAGCGGCCGGUGAAGUAGUUGAGCAGACGCUAGAUCUCAUCGGUGCUACGGCUAUUGAAGACAAACUUCAGAAGGGUGUCCCAGAGACAAUCGAGCGUCUCCGACGAGCUAACAUCAAGAUUUGGAUGCUCACUGGCGACAAGCGCGAAACGGCCAUCAACAUCGCCCACUCGGCUCGACUUUGCCGUCCUACUUCCGAUAUUUACAUCCUCGACGCCGUCAAAGGAAACCUAGAAGGUCAAAUCAUGGACAUCGUCGACGAGAUGAACAUCCGGGCUGAAACCAUGCCUACUGCAAUUCCCAACCACACCGUGGUAGUAAUUGAUGGCCAUACCCUUGCCGCUCUUGAUGAGCCGGGAGCACACGGGAACGCCAAAGAACUCUUCUACAGCCUCAUCCCGACGAUUGACUCAGUGAUCUGCUGUCGCGCCUCCCCCGCCCAGAAAGCCUUGCUCGUCACCGCCAUCCGCAACCACUCGCAUCAACCGGUAUCCAUGACCACGACCACCAAAAAGAAGAGCUUUUUCUCCUACCUGGCCACACCCAAACGGACUCCACCCCUCACCCUUGCCAUAGGCGACGGUGCUAAUGACCUAGCCAUGCUCUCAGCCGCCCACGUCGGCGUAGGCAUCUCGGGCCGAGAAGGUCUACAAGCCGCUCGAGUAGCCGACUAUGCCGUUGCACAGUUCCGCUUCCUCUCCCGUCUCCUGUUGGUACACGGGAGAUUGAAUUACGCUCGCACCGCCAAGUUUAUCGUUGCCACGUUCUGGAAGGAGAUGUUCUUCUAUCUGCCUACCGAGCUGUACCAGCGCUACACCGGAUACACGGGCACCAGUCUCUACGAAUCAUGGAGUCUGACGGUGCUGAACGUGCUUUUCACCAGUUUGUGCGUGAUUGUCCCGGGAGUGUGGGAACAGGAUUUGAGCCCGGAGACUCUGAUGGCCGUGCCGGAGCUGUAUGUUUGGGGCCAGAGGGACGGCGGAUUGAAUCUGCGGAAAUAUCUGGGUUGGAUGGUGGCGGCUGUUGCGCAGGGUGUGGUGGUCUGGUGGGUGUGUUGGGGACUCUACGGUGGGAUUGCGGUGAAGGAUAAUGGGUUGUUUGCUGUGGGCAAUUUGGUCUUUACGGUGGCCAUUGUCUGGAUUAACUUGAAGUUGCUGUACGUUCUUUCCCCUCCCUCCUUUCACACUUUUCUUUGAAACGCGAGACUAAUCCGUUAACCAACAACAGCAUAAUCGACACCCACCACAAGA